AAAGAGAGAGUAUUGUCGAAUAGAGGCUUACUUUGCUUAGCUUCGCAACCCAACAACCCCUUCCCUUAUCCCCUCCGAAGCUACAAUGCCGGUCUUCACUGCGGCACCGGCCCACCUCCGUACUCCGACCAGGCUCCCUUCUUCCUUCACCUCUCGCCCACAAUUACCUAUUCCCCCCGCCACCUUCGUCGUCCCCACACGCUCCUCUUCUAAAAAGGGUCAGCUUUCUUGUUCCUUCUCCUCUUCCUCUUCCCAAAACCCUGAACCCUUGAAACUUGAUUCCCUUGCUCCCAUUCUCAAGAGUCUCCCCAAGGUUAUUGCUGCUUCCUCUGCCAUCGUCGUCGUCUUCAACCUCCGCUCCUUUUUAUUCAGUGGCAAUGGUGGCGGCGGUGGGGUUGGCGGAAAUGGGUCCGGCGGUGGAGGUGGCGGAGGUGAUGGUGGAGGCUCGUUUUGGAGAAGGUUCUUUGCCCCGGUUGCUAUGGCCGACGAAUCGCAGAACCAGGAGUGGGAUUCUCACGGUCUGCCUGCCAACAUUGUUGUGCAGCUUAAUAAGCUUAGCGGGUUUAAGAAAUAUAGAGUUUCUGAUAUUUUCUUCUUGGAUCGCCGGAGAGGGGUCAUCGUAGGUCCUGAAGAUUCGUUUUUCGAGAUGGUUUCGUUGAGGCCGGGCGGUGUUUAUACAAAGGCUCAGCUUCAGAAGGAGCUUGAGACCUUGGCGACUUGUGGGAUGUUCGAGAAGGUUGAUAUGGAAGGAAAAACCAAUCCUGAUGGGAGUCUCGGCGUGACGAUAUCGUUCACCGAGAGUACCUGGCAGUCUGCGGACAAGUUCCGGUGUAUCAAUGUGGGUUUGUUGCCGCAGACGAAACCCAUUGAAAUGGACCCGGAUAUGACUGAGAAGGAGAAGCUGGAGUACUUUAAGAACCAGGAAAAGGAUUACAAGCGGAGAAUUGAGAGGGCUAGGCCGUGUUUGCUGCCGAUGCCAGUGUACAAUGAAGUGCUUCAGAUGCUGAGGGACCAGGGUAAGGUCAGUGCGAGGCUUCUGCAGAGGAUCCGGGACCGAGUCCAAAAAUGGUACCAUGAUGAAGGGUAUGCGUGUGCCCAGGUCGUCAAUUUUGGAAAUUUAAAUACCAAAGAGGUUGUUUGUGAGGUGGUUGAAGGGGACAUCACCCAGCUGGUCAUACAAUUCCAGGACAAGCUUGGUAAUGUCGUUGAAGGGAACACUCAAAUCCCUGUGGUGAAGAGGGAAUUGCCUAGACAGCUUCGACCAAGCUAUGUUUUUAACAUAGAAGCAGGAAAGCAAGCUUUGAGGAACAUAAACUCUCUAGCUUUGUUUUCAAAUAUUGAAGUGAACCCACGACCUGAUGAGAAAGUUGAUGGAGGCAUAAUCGUGGAAAUUAAGCUUAAAGAACUUGAACAGAAGACUGCUGAAGUCAGUACAGAAUGGAGUAUUGUCCCUGGGCGUGGAGGCUACCCCACUUUAGCUUCACUGCAGCCUGGUGGAACUGUUACAUUCGAACAUCGGAAUAUCAAAGGGCUUAAUAGGUCUAUUCUUGGUUCUGUAACUACCAGCAACUUUGUCAAUCCUCAGGAUGAUCUUGCUUUCAAGCUUGAAUACGUUCAUCCGUAUUUAGAUGGUGUUUAUAAUCCACGCAACCGAACUCUACGUGUGAGCUGUUUUAACAGUCGAAAAUUAAGUCCAGUCUUUACUGGUGGGCCUGGAGUGGAUGAAGUUCCCCCUAUUUGGGUUGAUCGAGCUGGUGUAAAGGCUAAUAUCACAGAGAAUUUUACCCGUCAAAGCAAAUUCACUUAUGGACUUGUAAUGGAAGAGAUUACAACUCGUGAUGAAAGUAGUCAUAUCUGUCCAAAUGGACAAAGGGUUUUGCCCAGUGGAGGAAUCGGUGUAGAUGGACCUCCAACAACCCUCAGCGGCACUGGCAUUGAUCGAAUGGCCUUUUUGCAGGCAAAUAUUACGCGUGAUAAUACCAAGUUUGUAAAUGGUGCCAUUGUUGGUCAGAGAAAUGUAUUUCAGGUGGACCAAGGUCUCGGCGUUGGUAGCAAUUUUCCAUUCUUUAACCGUCACCAGUUGACACUCACUCGAUUUUUCCAGCUGAAACAAGUGGAGGAAGGUGCUGGUAAACCACCCCCACCUGUGCUUGUACUUCAUGGGCACUAUGGUGGCUGUGUUGGUGACCUUCCAAGUUAUGAUGCUUUCACCCUUGGCGGCCCCUAUUCUGUGAGAGGUUAUAACAUGGGUGAGAUAGGCGCGGCAAGAAACAUCCUUGAGCUUGCAGCUGAGCUGAGGAUUCCAGUGAGAGGUACACAUGUAUAUGCUUUUGCCGAACAUGGCAAUGAUCUUGGAAGUUCCAAGGAUGUCAAGGGGAACCCCACAGAAGUAUACAGGAGAAUGGGUAAAGGAUCAUCAUAUGGUGUUGGCGCGAAACUAGGUUUAGUGAGAGCUGAGUAUGCUAUUGAUCAUAACUCAGGCACCGGCGCUUUAUUUUUCCGAUUUGGGGAGAGAUUUUGAGAUGUGAUUAGAUUUAGUCUUUUUUAUUUGAUCGAUUACAUUGCGUUCCUCUAGGAUUUUAUUAAAGAAAAAGAGCAAAGACCGUCCGACAGUAUUUGAGUUAAAUUUAUUAGUGUUGGUUUGCACUAGACAUGAUUCAAAUGGAAUGAGAAAUUUACUUUAUA